AUGCUGCGCUCGAAAGCAUUCGUCAAACGUACUCGCAAAGGAAACGUCGUCAAGGUCGUCAAAGAACACUACCUGAGAGACGACAUUACUUGCUCUUCGGCCGCCUGCAAAGCUUGCGAACAACAAUCCCUUCCGAUCUUAUCAGCCAACCCACGCAAAUCAGAGCUCGCCGAUCGUCCUCAUUAUGUCAUUCCAGACACCAAUGUCUUUAUGAAUCAGCUCGAUAUCAUGGAACACCCUUCAAUCAAAGACGUUAUCGUUUUGCAGACUGUUCGUGAAGAACUUCGCCAUCUAAGCCUUGCAGUUUAUAACCGUCUCAAUGCGAUCUUGGCCGAUAAGAACAGACGCUUCUAUCUCUUUGCAAAUGAGCAUCAUCGUGAUACAUUCCUUGAAAAGCUCAAAGAUGAAACACCCAACGACCGUAAUGAUAGAGCUAUUCGUGUUGCAACCCAAUGGUAUACCAAUCAUUUGAAGGAGAGUGGCAUCUUGACUAUUAUGUUGAGUGACGAUCGUGCCAACCGAGAAAAGGCUGCUUCAAUGGGCGUUAAGAGUCAAUCAGUGCGUGAUUACGUACGAGGAAUGAAGGAUGUCCCAGAGUUGCUUGAUAUGCUUGCUGCACCAAAAUCAGAAACCACGGAAGCGGACAAGAUUGUUUUUGAAGAGCAUUUAUCACCAGCACAUAUCGCCAAUGGCAUGAAGAAAGGAACUCUUAUUCAAGGUAGUCUCAACGUCAGCCAGCAUAAUGUAUUGGAGGCUACCAUUGUUGGCAAUGUUGAUGGUGAACCAAAGACUAUCUAUAUCCUUGGUCGCAAGAACAUGAAUCGCUCCAUCCAAGGCGAUAUUGUUGCUGUGGAACUCCUUCCCCGAGAUCAAUGGAAAAAGAGCACAUCACUUGCUGUCGAGGAUGAGGAAGAUGAAGAGAAAAUGCAUGGUGAAAUGGAUGCCGUUAUGACUGAAGCCAACGCUAUGGACAAGGAUGAAGUCGGCGAGCCUACAGGAAAAGUGGUGGGUCUUAUUCGUAAACGAUGGAGACCUUACUGCGGCUUCAUUGUCAAGAACUCGGUCCAUUCAUCCGAAGGCUCUACUGCAGCUGAACGAGUUAUCUUCAGAGCACUCGACAGAAGAAUCCCUCCCAUCAAGAUCAAGACGACGCAAGCCCACUCCUUAUUGGGUAACCGUAUUGUGGUGUCUAUUGAUAGUUGGCCCGUAAACUCUGUACAUCCGAUGGGCCAUUUUGUCAAGACACUUGGAUCAUCAGGAGACAAAGAGACUGAAACAGAAGUUUUGCUGCUUGAGCACGAUGUACCCUAUCAAGAAUUCUCAAAACGUGUUUUGGAUGACCUUCCUGCAGAGGGUGAUGAUUGGGUGGUAACUGAGAAGCACUUGACAACUGAGAAUCGUCGUGAUUUACGUCACUUGAACAUUUGCAGUAUUGAUCCUCCAGGAUGUACCGAUAUUGACGACGCUCUUCACGUACGACCCCUUGAAAAUGGAAACUACGAAAUUGGUGUUCACAUUGCCGAUGUGACCUAUUUUGUCAAACCUGGACAAGCGAUGGAUACCGAAGCUGCUAACCGUGGUACUACCGUUUAUCUCGUCGACAAGCGUAUUGACAUGCUUCCCGCCUUGUUGGGUACAAACCUUUGUUCCUUGCGAUCUAAUGUUGAGCGCUUGGCAUUCUCGUGUAUUUGGGAAUUGACUAAAGAUGCGGAGAUUGUCAACGUCGACUUCACAAAGAGUGUUAUUCGUUCCAAGCAUUCAUUUACCUAUGACGAAGCUCAAACACGGAUAGACGAUGAGCGUAUGCAAGAUGAUGUUACGAAGGGCAUCCGUAUCUUGAAUGAGCUUGCCAAGAAGCUGCGAAAGAAACGUAUUGAGCGUGGUGCACUUACAUUAUCAAGCCCUGAAGUGAGAUUCAAUUUGGAAAAUGAUUCACAAGACCCAGUUGAUGUGGAGAUGAAGGAGCUCAAAGAAACCAAUGCACUGGUUGAGGAAUUCAUGUUACUCGCCAACAUCUCGGUGGCCCAAAAGAUCUUUUCACAUUUCCCAAUGUCAGCACUUCUCCGUAAGCACGGUUCGCCUCCUGUCAACAAUUUUGAUACCCUACGAAAGGCACUGGGUGAAGUUGGUAUCACACUCAAUGUGGAGAGCUCCAAGGCAUUGGCAGACUCAUUGGAUGCAGCAGUGCUUCCCAACGAUGCUUAUUUCAACAAAUUGGUGCGCAUUAUGACGACACGAUGUAUGAUGCAAGCUCAAUACUUUUGCUCAGGCACAGAAUCAGAAGCAGAAUUCCGCCAUUAUGGUCUUGCCACUCCCAUCUAUACGCACUUUACAUCACCUAUUCGUCGUUAUUCAGAUGUGAUCGUCCAUCGAUUGCUUCAAGCUAGCAUUGAUCCAGAUGUCACUUACGGACAAGAGCUGACAGAUAAGACCAAGAUGAAAGAGUUGUGUGAUGUCCUCAAUCAUCGUCAUCGCAUGGCACAAAUGGCGGGUCGUAGUUCAGUGGAGCUGUAUACCAACAUGUUUUUCAAGAACAAGACAUUGGUUGAAGAAGGUCGUGUUAUCCGGAUACUCAAGAAUGGUUUUGUUGUGCUUGUACCCAGAUUUGGCAUUGAGAGCAUUGUUUACACAAGCAAGGGUCCUGAUGAGCCAUCAGUUUUCAUUUACGAUGAAGAAAAGAAUGCACUUAUCGCUGGUGAUGUGAUCAUCAAGAUGUUUGACACGGUCAAGGUGGAGAUCAAGGUAGAAGGUGAUGAGACUGGCAUGCGUCAAAAGAUGCGUAUGUCACUUGUAUAUCCACAGGUGCCUGGUCUAGAACCUAGUGAUCAAUCGGGCAAGAAGCGCAAGGCACAGGAAACAAAGAAUGGCGAUCAAAACACAAAGCGUCAAGCAAAAGCCAAAGUAGCAGCAUAA